AUGCCCACCACCCGUGGACGUUGCCUCCGUCUACAGCGAGUCGCUGCCAUCUGCAUAGCUGGAUUGGCCUCGCACAGUCUGCACUUCGAGGGCAGCUUUGCAGCGGUCAAUAAGAUCCCCAAAAAGGUUGAUGCCGGAGCAUUGGCCCAGCAUGGCGAAGACUUCUGCAACGAGCUAAAGCACCGCGGCUUCGCGAUCGUUGGCUUUGACCUGACCAAGCGACGUGAUGCUCUGGAUUGGUUGGAGAGCCUGGCUGGCAAGGAGGAUCUACAGCUGGCGAACUGCGGCCUUCAGCCAGGACAAGCUCGCCACGAGACGGUGUCUUUCCCCAGGCCUCUGCAGAGACUAGACCUCAUUCCAAGUGACGCCGCGAUUGAAGAUACGGGCGCUGCAGCCGCUGUUCACUUGGCCAGGGAGUUGCACAACCUGUCUGUGUCAUGCCUGAUGGCCGUGGCACGACAUGAGAACAUGCCGGAACUUCUGGACCUUGUAGCAGAGACUCCAGAGCCGCUUCACGCUGCAAAGGAACCAAGUUUCCUGCGAGCUAAUAUCUAUGCUGGACAGGACAGUGCCGGUCCAUGCUGGCACUUGGACCUGGGACUGUUAACAGUUGCACCAGCAGGAUCGUGGCCUGCCCUGAUGGCUUCACCGUUCCAUGAAGCCGUCGGUGAAACUGCUUUUUUGGAAGAGCUUCUGGACCCAGACCGCGAUGUGCUGGUUUUCGCAGGUACUGCUCUGGCUGUCGCCACAGCCGGCCGGUACACUGGACUGGUUCAUGGUGUAUCAGCUGGUCGCCUCAAACAAACAGGAACACGCGUCUCCAUGCCGUAUUUCCUUCGGCCACGCAGUGGAGCUGUGCUCCACAAGCCAGUAUUCAGCGAUGAGGGACUGGCAUACCUUUAUCCAGCUGCAGUUCAGCCAGCAGGAGGAGCAGCAGUGCAACCUACGCUGAACGGCAUGCUGGACCUGUUGCGCUUUCAUCGGGACCUGUAUGGUCGGCUGUGCACACGUGGUCAAGUGGUUCCUAUGUCAGUGUUUUCGAAACCUGAAUUGCAAGAAAAGGUGAGACACGGCUUCUACUUGUGA